AUGACCUCUUCUCUCUCGCAAACGUCUGGACAAAGUGAGAGUCAAUCACUGCGAUAUAACACACCAAGUAAACCGCAUGGCUCUGGAGCCAACGCAGCCCCAGAGUCUCCGGCAGAGUCGUAUCUGCAUGCGCCCAGCUCCUCGCUCCCAAGACCCGACAUAAGUCCUGCAUCAACUCACCAAGUUCUCCACCGUCUUGGAAGCACCUUCUCACAUGUACAGUAUGCUGUUUGCGGCGACGCAGCGCUGAUAGCAUACGGCCAUGGCACUCGCUCCCCGUCCCACGUUACAAUCAUCUGCCCGGCCUACGCCCAAGAGGUCAUGAAAGCGUGGGCGGCUGCUACCAGCGGCAUGCUCAAUUACCCCGGCGAACCGGACACUCUUGGCGUCUCCGACGAAGAAGGGCAGGUGUGGCCCGUCAAAAUGAGGACCAUGGCGUUUGAGCGUAGCUUUGAGACGCUGCCGACUGUAAGUCUCUGCUUUGGGGAUGACUCCUCUCCCACAACCAUCUUGACCAUGCCGGCUCUUGUUAACGAGAUUGCGCUUUCAUACGUUGUGGACAGGCAUAUAGAGGAAGAAGGAUUCCUGGAUGAGCUUGCAGUAGACCUGGUUUGGCUCUUGCAAAGUAUCAUCGAAGACGGAAUUCCAGAGCAAAUGCUCAAUGCGCAUGACGCACCCGCCAUCAGCAAUCCCGUCUUUUGGUAUGAUUUUACAGAUGCGUAUCCCGAACUAGCUGGCCUAUUCUACGAUGCUGGAUAUCGACCGGAGGGGUCUGAGGUAGACGUGAGCCAGGCCUUUGAGGAGACAGCAGAGCCAAGCGGCACCCUCGUCGGUGAUUCCUUUUGGAGACAAGAUCUCUAA